CGCCCACCCCGGCUGUUGUCUUUCUGCAGGACUAGGCAGUGACGUGGCGCCGUGCGCUGUCCACCCAGUCGUGACGUCAUCACAGCUGGCUGCUGCCUCCAGAGCGCCUGACCCACAGCUGGAAGGUGUAGACCCCCAGAUGGUUUAAACAUGUCUGAAAAAGACAGCAAUGAAUACCCCACAUGCCAAACAUUGUCCCCAGAAGAGCCAGGAGAUGCAGGCUCUACAGACCUCAAGGAGGAACCACAGGUAGAUAUUGAACCUGUGGCUGUAACCCGUAAGCGUCCAGAGAGCAAGGCCAGCAGUGCAUCAAUAGAGGAGGAAGAAGAAGAAAAAGUACCAGCGAAGCAAGAUCCAGAGCCAUCUGAGACCAAACCCUCAUCAGGAUGGGGCUACUGGGGAAAUUGGGGAAAAUCCUUGAUUUCUACAGCUUCCGCCACUGUAGCCACUGUGGGCCAUGGGAUUUCUAACGCUAUUGAAAAAGCUGAGACAACUUUGGGGGUUCCCAGUCCUGUCGAGCUGUCAUUUAGAAGUCGAGUGGAGCCUACAGAAGAGGCCAUUUCAGGUGAAGCCAGCCCUGCUGCAAGUGGUGAGAGUUCAUCCCCUAUUACAGGAGCAUUUGGCUUCUUCACCAGUAUCUCUACAGCAGUACAAAGUACAGGCAAGACUGUCCUUACGGGAGGGUUGGAUGCCCUAGAAUUUAUUGGGAAAAAAACAAUGGAUGUAAUUGCAGAAGGAGACCCAGGCUUCAAGAAAACCAAAGGACUUAUGAACAGGAAUUCAACCUUGUCCCAAGUUUUGCGAGAGGCAAAGGAGAGAGAAGAGCAGCGUGUGAGUGGUGCAGUUGAGACAGAGACAGAAGGAAAAGCACACUAUGGGCUAUUAUUUGAUGAGUACCAGGGCCUGGCUCACCUGGAAGCAUUGGAACUGCUGUCCAAAGAGAGCGAGGCAAAGGUGAAGUCCAUGCUCAGCGCACUGUCUGGGGAAGAACUUGCAAAAGUCAAACUGGAGCUAGAGCCAUUAAAGGAAACAUUCUCACUGGAGGAGUUUGAUGAUGACGAUGAGGUGGAAAAGGGAAAUGAUGAUUUCGCCAAGGAAGUAACUGCCCUGUUUGAGGAAUUACAAAUCUCUGUCCGGCCUGAGAAGCUUACCCGAGCACGGAAAGCAGCCUAUGACUGGAUGACAGAAGUAGAUGAAAAGGAAGUGGAAGGCAACGUGGAAGAGACCGAAGCAGAGAUUGUGGUGAAAAAUAAAAAAGCCACUGUUGAGGGAAUUCAUGAUUUGGCUAUCCGCAGUUUGGCCGAACUGACCGCCUGUUCUAUGGAGAUGUUCCAUAAAUCCGCUACGUUAAUUUUACAUGGAGAGAAGCAAGUGCCGUCAAUAUCAAGAGCAAAAGCAUUAUCACAAAUGACUAUAACACUUUGUAAAGAGUUGUCACAGCUUUCAAAAAAAGUAACCACACUCCUAACAACCACCGUGGCUACAGAAAAGUCUGAUGUUCUAAACCCAUUAAUUACUGGAGUUUUUCUAGAGGCUUCCAACAGUGCUUCCUACAUCCAAGAUGCAUUCCAACUUCUUUUGCCAGUCCUUGAAAUAUCUCACAUCCAGAGCCAAACUUAACCUUAUUGAAUAUUUGGGUGACAGUUGUUAUUUUGUGCAUUGACUUGGAUCAUACCUGACUCUCUGGUGAGAUGUGCUCUUCAUUGCAACACAUUGUGCCCCAAGGAUUUCUUCACAUUUUUAUGAAUAUCUCAUUAGUGAAGACCCAAAAGCUUAAGAGUGUGUGUGCAAACAGAAAAAACCAAAGCUGCCAUGUGUUUAAUGAAAGAAAAUUGGGUUUGACCCAAGUGAUGAUUUUUUGUUGUCAUAUUGUCUUUUAAUACCAACAUCGUUGUCUGGCUUUUCAUAGCAGGCAGCUGUGGAUAUUUAACGCUAUCAUGACACAAGUGGGAUGCUAAGACUCAGCAAAGCUUUAUCUAUGAAUUGUAAUAGAAACACCCAUACUAAUUGCUGGCUGGGACAUUGUCUGUGAUCUUAUUGUUUUCUCUGCAUUGACCUUUUCUCUGUUGUCAUGCAAUAAUUAGUUAUUCAACAGCUUAGAAAAAGUGAGUCAUAGUAUAACAUGCCUGACUAAAUGACUAAUCGUACCAGAACAUUCAGCACUGAGAGAUGUCUGUAGUUCUGUAGUCCUAAGAAAAUGACUAUGCUUCUUACCUAUAUGUAACACAAUAUGUCCUUAUGACAUUUAUUUAACUGCAGCUUGGUGACAGUAUAUAAUACACAACCAUGGUAUGACUAAAAUAGACUAAUGGAGAGAUUGUUUAUAAAAUUAUAAAAGAUUAGUAUACUUUUCUAUAAAGUAAUGACUGUCAAAGGGUUAAAAAAAAAUCUCACAACCAUUCAUGUGCUACACAGUCUGUUUACUGGAGAUGUUCUGGUGUGUUGGAAGAUGAGAGAUAUUUGAUAAAUGAUUUAAGACAGAUUCUAAUAUAUAUUCUUUAUCCCUGUUUCUGCUUGAUGUGCUUCCCAACUUUUUUGUUUGUAUUUUGAAGCGCUGUGGUAUGUUUAUGUAUAAAUAAUGAUUAUGGAGCAAUAUUCUGAAAGCAGAACAGUCACAGCAGCAUUACAUUUGUUUCCAUGGUGACUGCUACUUUAAGAAUGCUGUCCUAGUGUCGAAUUUUAUACAUUUCUUAUAGACUCUGAUUUUAAAUCUUGUAACUCAGAUUACGAACAGGAGAAACAAUUUAAGGAGCAAUGCUUUAGUAGCCUUUGAUAAGUCACAACACAAGCCAGUAAAAUAGAAUAAUUACAUCAGCUAUUUAUUUCUGACCAGGAACUGUUAAACGAAAACAAUGCUGUUUGCAGUUGAAUUAAAGCUUUUACUGGGAGUAAUUUCUAACUUUUUCUCAGAUAAAUAACAGCUUUAAUUGUCUUGCAUUUUAGGUAACUUUGAAAUUAUGUAGCUGUUCAUUUAUUCUUGAAAUUGUAUUAGCUGUUCUGGUAGACUAUUACUUGUUGGUUUAAAAUUUGCUUCUGACUGUAUUAUUUAGAACACCAAACACAAGAUAAAUAUAUUUCAUUGAGUACUAUAUACAUACUCAAACUUAUCAAUAGGCAUCGUAGGAUCCAUAAUUUCCUGGCAUUUGGUGUCUCAAAUUUGCAAACGUGUACCUCUCUACAACUCGCAUGACUAAGAAUCUGCAAGAAUAGACAUUUUGGAAAUUCUUGGAAUUGCAUUGAGCAUCUGGAUGACCUAUUCUGGUAUGUGUUUCUGGUAUAGUCACCAGGUGUUUGGUGAGAAAAGGCAGUGUUUAUUAUAGUGUUUACCUCUGGUGACAGAUACUCAGAUGGCCACUAGAGCUGCUUCCUGGGUCAUGCAAAAAUUACAUUUAAUAUUUCCAUGCUCUGCAUAGAGGAGCUGAAUGUUCCCCCAUAGAGAUGCAUUGAAUCAAUGCAUAUCUAUGAGGAGAUGCUGACUGGGCAGCACAGCAUUUUGCCGCACAUGCGCAAUAUUCUCCCAUGUUUUCUUGUGGGAAUGCAUUGGAUUGGCUUAAAUCAUCAAUUCUGAUCUCAGCCAAGUUGGCAGAGUGGGGGGAGACCCGCACAGCCCCGGAAAAAGGUAAGUUUAUUACCUUUUUAAGGGGGGGGGGGGGCAAUUGAGUGUUUGGGUCCUCACGUUUUCUUUACGCUAUAGGAUCAGGAAUACGUUUGUAUUCCAGAUCCUAUAGUAUUCCUUCAAUAAAGCAGAGUGAUUGGAAUAUGGUGUCACACCCAAUGUAUCUUCUUUAUUAGAGCCGGCUUGUAGAUCCUUAAAUAGAAUAGAAUAACAUGUACUGGCUAAGGCAUUUCCGCACCCUUAGCACACAGUUAGGGCACUGUUUACCAAUCCUUUACUGGAAUGGUAGGCAACACAAUAACACAUAAGUUAACCUCCCCCUUUAAAUAGACAGAUUCCUUUACAGAGGUACACAGACAGGCAGGACUCGCACCCAGGGAGAAGAAAAUAAAGAGUACAGUUUAUGGUCACAUAAACCGUGGUUUUUGUUCAGUUAGGAUUUAUCAGGCUUGAUAAAGGUUCCUUAGUGAGCGAAGACAUUGCUUAUAUAACCAUCAAAUUCCCUAAUAAUGCUGCCUGCGUGCCCAGUCCUGCAUGUGCACUUCAUAUCAUUUGUAACUCCUUCUGUUUUACAAUUUUGCACUACUUUUCAGAACCAAGACACUUUGAUAAAUGUCUCCCAUGGUGUCUGCAUCGAUGGCUUGGCAGAUAGUGACACACUACAGAAUUAUUCUAAUAUUUUUUAAAAGAUAAUUAAAUCAAACAAUUUCAGUUGCUUAUUCUGUUUUAAAAUAAUAAAUGGUUCAACUUUUGCCCAGGACGAAACCAUAUUUGAUUUGUAGCAAUGUACAUGCCAUGCAACAACAAACAGGAGAAUGUGGGAAAAAAAUGUUUGUCUGUGAUAUUUGCGACCCAACCCACAAUAGAACGCUGCCAAACUCUGCAUGUAUAUACAGGAUUACUGUGCUUCUGUAGCGCACAUAAUACAUCCCAGUUUCUGUAGCCAUUCUUGAUUUAACAUGAAAGAUGGCUUAGAGAGAGAGUGCUAAAAUUAAAAUGUGUCACAUGAUCUGAAACUACCGCUUCCAUCAUUUUCUUCUAGCCUGUGAGUUUUCUGAGAAUUAUAGGUGUUAUACUCUACCACAUCUGGGGGCACAGUUUAAUGCCCCUGGCUUAGAGGGAAAAAAUGCAAGCAAGUUCUAAACUACUAAAACCUACUCAAAUACUUUAACAUAUACCUUUUGUGACAUGGUUUCUCCAAAGCAUUGAUGCCAAACCUCCUUUCUACUCUGGUGGGUUUAUAUUUUUAUGAAGUUUACUUUGUUGAAUUUCUAUUACAUCUCAGAAGCAAACUGUAUUUUCUGUACGUAUAAUUAUAUAUUAGAUGUAUGUGUAAUUGUAAUUUGUAUGUAUGAAAAAAUAAACUUGUUUUAUCCUUUAACAAAA